UGCAAUCACAUUUUUUUUUAGAUUUCCUCACUGCAACCCAGAUCUUUUGAGACAGUGGGUGAUAAACAUGCGUCGGGACAGAUGGAUGCCAACAGCCAGGUCUCUUUCAUGUUCCAAGCACUUCACGCAACAGAGCUUCCAUAGGUUUGGACUAUGUGUUCAGCUCAUUGAUUCUGCUGUGCCAACAAUCUUUGAUAUACAUGUACCUCAUCAUCUAAAAAAGAAAUUUCCUGCUGUCCGUGUUUCUGCACCACCUUUGAAGGAACCAGAUGUUCAUUCUAGUCCACUGCCACAGCAAAGUACAUCAGCUGAUCCUCUGGCUGAGCACAGUUAUGCUACAAUGGAUUCGCCACGGAAAUUGACGCGCAGGUUAAACCUGUCCGAAGACAGACUGGAAAAAUGCAGAAAGAAACUAAAAGUAGUCCAUCAACGAACACGCCGUUUGAAACGAAAGGUAGAGACCCUGAAUGGUGUCGUCGAUGAGCUACGGAAUGAUCAGCUGAUUUCUACAAAUUGUGCAGCCUUACUUGAAGGGACUGUAGACGGCAUACCUAAAGAAGUGAUGAAUAGAAUCAUUGAGUACAUAAAUCGAGGAAAAAAUCAUCUGCUUAUCCUGAGGAGCUGAAGUCAUUUGCAUUCACAUUACUAUUCUACUCGGUAAAGGCUUAUGAAUACGUCAGAAAGAUUUGACUUGUGUCUAUAGGAUUGAUGGUGAUCCAGGUUUCACAAAACAAGCGUUCAUGUCACUCGCAGGAAAAGUGACCAGAAACAGAGAGGCUGGUAAAGAGACUGUCAUCGCCUUGAUGUUAGAUGCCUAAAAAGACCCUCUUCCCAAGAUCUUGGUCAUUGACCGCUAGAUCAAGACGAAAAUUGGCAUUCGUAUUACAACCAACGUUAUCUACAGAACUAUAUAUACGUAAUUAUUUGGCAAUUAUUCAGCUUAAUUUUCAAUUAAUUAAUUAUACUAAUUAAUGCAUGAAAUUACUUAAUUGGCCAUUAAUUUGUAAAUAAGGGCCCAAAACUGCUAAGUUUGAUCUAGAUACUCCUUUUCUGCAUUCUUAUUGAAUACCCAUUAAAAGAUUUCAGUGCUUAUCAUUUUUUAAUGUAUUUUAUUGUUUUACAAAAUUUGUCCAACAAUUGUAUUUAUGCGGGCCAGAAUAUGUGCAGAAUUUUGAACCAUUAAAAACUUUGCCUUCAGGAACCAUUAAAGAACAUCAUUGUGUAAUG